UGGUUGUUCCAUCCACGUGGAAGGUUGUUCCAAUGUCUGAGAAGGUUGUUCCAAUGACGGGGCGGUUGUUUUAAUGACGGGGGAGGUUGUUCCAAUGACGGGGGAGGUUGCUCAAAUAGCGGGGAAGGUUGUUCAAAUAUCGAGGAAGGUUGUUCCAAUGACAGAUGAUGUUGUUCUGCUAACGGGGCAAGUUGUUCCGACAACGAGUUAAGUUGUUCCAAUGAUGGGAAGGUUGUUUAGAUGAUGGGAAAGGUUGUUCAACGACAGAGCAUGUUGUUCCAACAGCUGAGAAAUGUUGUUAUAAUAGAGGAGAAGUUGUUCCAACAAAGAGGAACGUUGUUCCAACAACGGGGGAAGCUGUCUGCACUUCCUAAGCUACUGGCACUCUAG